AUGAACAUAUUAACCAUAUUAUCAAAUUCAUAUUCUAAUGAAUCUUCUCAUUUAACAUCAAUGUAUGGGAAUCUAUAUCAGUCACCAACAUUUUCUACAACGGCCGAACAAUUUUAUUGUGAUUAUCAACAUGAUUCAAGAUCAAUACCAAUAUUAGAACAUAUUGAAUAUUCAACAAAUGAUUAUAAUUUUGUUUCUAACUACAUGCCAUAUCAAUCGUCAUCAACACUUUUCUAUCCACAAGAACCAAUGAUCAGUACGACUAAAAUUCUUGUUAAUCCAUUCUUUAAAACACAUUCAACAAAUCGAACAAGUGAAUCAGUAUCCAACAUCGAAAACAAAUGUCCAACAGUACUCGAACAACAAGAAAAUUCAUCAAUAUCAUCACGACAUCGAAGUCGUUCACCAUCAUCUGAUCGACAAGUAACAAUAUCUCGUAAUAAAAACCCACGAAAACGUCAAAAACGAAAAGCACAACAAAAAAAAUUUAUUCAAGAAAAAGAAUUAAUAUUUGAAAAACAACCAUCAUUAGUUUUUUCGAAACAUAAACAUUGUCAUUCAUCACCCGAUCGUUGGGAACAUAAAGAAGAACAAUUAAAACGCUUAUAUAAAGAAUAUUCUAAUGAAGAUAUAUCUAAACAAGGGAAGCCAUUAUCGCAUAAUGAAUAUUAUGAGUUAUAUCAAUAUUCUUUUGACAAACAUCAUCAAAGAUCUAUUGACGAUCAAGACUAG